AUGAUGCACAUGACCUUGUACUGGGGAAAGGACGUGACUCUGCUCAUCGAUUUCUGGAAGACUGAUUCAUGGCUGAGUUACCUCCUCACUUUGCUCGCUUGUUUUCUCUUCUCUUCCUUUUACCAGUACAUGGAAGAUCGACGCCUCCGUUUCAGAUCUCUUGCUUCCUCCAACCCGUCCCCGCCUUCCUCUGCCGGCGCUUCCGUUCCUCUCCUCCCCAAAUACCGCCGCUCCGCUAAAUUCGCGACGGCCUUGCUCUUCGGGAUCAAUUCGGCUAUAGGGUAUCUCCUGAUGUUGGCCAUCAUGACUUUCAACGGAGGCAUUUUCUUGGCUAUUGUUUUGGGACUGGCUGUUGGGUACUUGGUUUUCAGGUCCGCCGAUGACGAGACCGUGGUGGUGGAGAACGUUUGCGCCUGCGCUUAACGCUGCCCCCGCUUUUUUGUCCCAAAAAGCUAGCAUAGUAUUUUUCUGUAAUUUGUGUUCUCUACCAGUGUUCCCUGUUCUUGAAUCGUAUAGUAAUUGUGUUUUGCCUUGUUAUAAAUCAAUUAUCCUUGUAAAUUUCGCCGAUCUGAUUACCUUGUUCAUGAACUCCAUUGAUUUUGUUGAGGAGAUAUUCUUCUUUGGGUUUUCUUGUUUGAGAAAAAAAAGGAAGUUUGCGUUUGAUUGAUGGAAGGAA